CAAUUUAGAGGGGGUUAAUGCUUAAAAAGGAUGACUGUCCUAAUUGACCGUUGAGAAAAUUACGUAUCAGUUGUGUUAUAACAGAUGACUUCUCCACUCAUCUCUCACAUUUGUCACUUUCUUUUGUCUUUUGAAGAAAAGGAAAAAGGAAAAAUAGCAGCCCUAUCUGUCAUUGUUCAUCUUACAAGAAAAGGAGCUAGAACAACUCCUUGGAGUGGAUAAUAUUAGAAACGACAGACUUAUGGUUGUGAUUGUGAUGGCGGCUGCAUAUCAGCUUGUGAGGCAAGAAUGAUGAUAGCUUUUAUGUUAAUUAAGCUGCAUUACUGUGCCAGGAGAGCAAUGCCAGUGCAAAAAAGACAAAUUUAUGGUUGCUGUGAGCCUUUGAUUAUUUAAUUGAGCAAGUAGUUCAAAUGUCUCACAUCAAAUAAUGCACACUUCUUAAUAAACUCAAACUUGCAUUUAUCUAUUGCAAUUUAUUCAUCAUUGCCAAGUCAUGCAACUAAAAUAUUAUAAGUAGUGUCUGCAAUUGCAAUACAAGUUUCUUAUGGAUUCCCUAUUCCCCACUGGAUCUUGAUUAUUGCCAAAAAAUUAAUUCUCAUUCCAUCUUCCAAUCAGAAUUCCCCUCAGGCUUCUUCUUUUUAUCAAUAUCCACUGUUUUCUUCACUUUCUAAAAUCUUUAUUGAAAGUCUGGUGCUGCUAUCCACAAGUCAGGUUUGCAUUCCUUUUUGCUGUUGCAUAUUUUGAGGAUAGUGUUCUUAUAAAAUGAAGCGAAUGGCAGCAGAAGGCAAGGUCGAUGGGAAAAAGUUAAAGAACACGAGCCCUCCAGUUCCACCACCAUUGCCCAGGUUUCUGAUUACAACAAAAGCAGCGGUUAAGCCAAAGACUCCAUCGAGCGUGACAAACCAAGAGAUUGCAAAGUUUUGGAGGCAGAAGCGCAUGGCCGAAGAAAGUCACUUCCUUGCAGCUAUCAAGGCUGCAGCUCGAAUCAGAGCACAGAAUCUCUCGGAGGAUGAGUACAAGGCAUUUGAAGAAUCGUUGCAGGAGGGUGGCAGUGACGAGAAUGCCAAGAUCAUCAUCAAGCCAGAUAAAACCGAGCAGGAGAUCAGAGUGGGGAUCAAGGACUGGUGGACAAAGAGCAGGUACGCGUACUUGAACCAACCAGCGAUCAAGUCAAUGGAUAAACGCUAUUCCACAUACAUUUCACAGCUCACUUGUUACACGACAGCUCCUCCUCGGGCUACAACCACCUUCAGCGUUUUCUAGCUCGUAGGCAAUUCACGCCAUGCAUGCCAGCAUUACUGAUUUCUUCUUCAUUUGUGUUUAAUUUCCUGCAAAUCUCAGCUUCCUUGUUUGCUUCUGCACAUCUGUUCUGUGAUUGUAUCUUCAGCUUUGGAAAUAAAAUGCUGAUUGAAUGGUGCUAUGUAAACUAUAUUAUUAUGUUGUACGUUGUGUGAUCAAAUCAUCCUUGUAUUCGGUUAUUUUGUCAUUGCAACAUUUAUUCAUGGUUAACAUGUUAUUUUAUUUAGACA